AUUCAUAGCUAUCAGUGGCUGUGACACGAGCGAAGGGGCAUUUCGAAAAAUCAUAUUCAAAUCAGUCUUCGGUGAGGGACGGAAGAAGUGCACAAUUUUAACAAAUGGAGGAAGACAGCAGUGAACAGAUGAAACCCCUCCUGACGACAGGCAAUGACGAGGAAGCAGUUGUUGAUCAGGGGAAAACCAGCUCUAACAUUCACACAAACUUCGAAAAAGAGGAACUUGAAUGUCACAGGGCAGUUUACGUGGGUGUACACGUACCCCUAGGAAGACAAAGCAGACGGAGGCAUCGGCACCGUGGUCACAAGCACCAUCGGAAAAGAAAGGAUAGAUCCGAACAAGAAGAUGGCAGAGAAUCACCAACGUAUGACACUCCCUCACAGAGGGUCCAGUUUAUCCUCGGCACUGAGGAUGAUGAUGAGGAGCACAUUCCUCACGACCUCUUCACUGAGCUCGACGAGCUCGCUUUCCGUAAUGGACAUGCAUACGAGUGGAAAGAGACAGCCAGGUGGUUGAAGUUUGAAGAGGAUGUAGAGGAUGGAGGAGAACGCUGGAGUAAACCCUACGUCGCCACAUUGUCCCUGCACAGCUUAUUUGAGUUACGGAGCUGCAUUCUCAAUGGCACAGUCAUGCUGGACAUGAGAGCAAACACCAUUGAGGAGAUAGCAGACAUGGUAUUAGACAGCAUGGUGGCUUCGGGGCAGCUGGAUGAGAGUUUGAGGGAGAAGGUGCGGGAGGCCAUGCUGAAGAGGCACCACCACCAGAAUGAGAAGAAGUUGAGUAAUCGCAUCCCUCUCGUACGCUCCUUCGCCGACAUAGGCAAGAAAUACUCAGACCCGCACUUGCUUGAGAGGAAUGGGGAGGGUCUCUCUGCCUCUCGUCUGUCCCUCCUUAGACGCACCUCCUUCAUCUCCAACCCCUCUCCAACAAACUCGCGCUGUCCCUCCAGAGAAUCACACUGCUCCUUUUCCUCCUCCAUUCUCAACCACCUCCUGCCCAGCACCACCUCCACCCCUUCAGCCUCCCCCAAUGUCUCCCCUACCGCCACUCCCCAAAACACACCCCCCACUGCCCGCCACUCUUCAUUGCCUCCCCGCUCCCCAGGACCCUCUCAGCAGGGGCCAGAGCUGCUGGUGGCACAGUGUAAGAGAGAGGACAUUCCAGUGGUUAUGGUGUUCCCACCCGAGGAGGAGGAACUACAGUCAUGGUCGUCUGCCAAUCAGGAUGAUAUGGUGGUGCCCCACCCGGCCGGGCUGGCUCAGCUCCUGUCCCUACCUCAGUCAGGCCUCCUCACAUCACCCCAGUCAGCCCCAGGGAACCUGGAGGACAGUAAACCCAGUGAGAGCCGUAUGAACAUGGCCGGGGGAAGCAGGGAAAACAGCACUGUGGACUUCAGCAAGGUGGAUAUGAAUUUCAUGAAGAAAAUUCCUCCAGGCGCUGAAGCUUCAAAUGUUCUGGUGGGGGAAGUUGAUUUUCUUGAGUGUCCGAUCAUCGCCUUUAUUCGACUCUCACCUGCAGUUCUCCUCACUGGACUGACUGAAGUGCCCGUUCCUACCAGGUUUCUCUUCCUGCUGCUGGGGCCUUUCGGUAAAGGGCCACAGUACCACGAGAUUGGCCGAUCGAUAGCUACUUUAAUGACAGAUGAGAUCUUUCAUGAUGUGGCAUACAAAGCCAAAGACAGGAAUGACCUCCUCUCUGGCAUAGAUGAGUUUUUGGACCAGGUGACUGUGUUGCCCCCAGGAGAGUGGGACCCUACGAUACGAAUCGAGCCACCAAAGAGUGUCCCAUCUCAGGAGAAGAGGAAAAUGCCUUCCAUGCCGAAUGGCUCUGCGCUAUUGUCAGAAACUAUCAAAGAAGAGGAGCACCACACUGGUCCUGAACUUAAGAGGACAGGACGGAUAUUUGGUGGUCUGGUACUAGACCUGAAGCGAAAAGCUCCGUUUUACUGGAGUGACGUCCGGGACGCUCUCAGCCUGCAGUGCUUGGCCUCCAUUCUGUUCCUCUACUGUGCCUGCAUGUCCCCUGUUAUCACCUUUGGAGGCCUUCUAGGGGAAGCCACCAAAAACAACAUAAGUGCCAUUGAGUCUCUGUUUGGAGCUUCCCUGACUGGUGUGGCCUUCUCUCUUUUUGCUGGUCAGCCGCUCACUAUUUUAGGCAGCACUGGGCCAGUUCUAGUUUUCGAGAAGAUUCUUUUCAAAUUCUGCAGUGACUAUGGUCUAUCCUACCUCUCUCUGCGCACUAGCAUCGGCCUUUGGACUGCCUUCUUGUGCCUUUUGCUGGUUGCCACGGACGCCAGCUCUCUAGUGUGCUACAUAACACGAUUCACAGAGGAGGCCUUCGCUGCACUCAUCUGCAUCAUUUUCAUAUAUGAAGCUUUAGAGAAGCUCUUCUACCUAGGAGACAUGUACCCUUUCAACAUGCACGAUACUUUAGACAACCUCACUUUUUACACGUGUCAUUGUUCACCUCCAGACAAUACCACGCAGGAGAUGGUACAGUCAUGGAAUCAGUCAGGGUUUACGCCUGACUCCAUUAACUGGACUGAGCUAGAUGUACCGAUGUGCAAGGCACUCCAUGGCGAGUUUGUGGGUCCUGCUUGUAGUCAUAAUGGACCGUACAUCCCUGACGUGUUGUUCUGGUCUGUCAUUCUCUUCUUCACCACCUUCUUCCUGUCGUCUUUCCUCAAGCAGUUCAAGACCAAGCAUUAUUUUCCCACUAAGGUCCGAUCUACCAUCAGUGACUUUGCAGUUUUUCUGACCAUCAUGAUCAUGGUCUUGGUUGAUUACUUGGUGGGCGUCCCCUCUCCUAAACUACAUGUCCCAGACACCUUUGAGCCCACCUCCAAGAAUCGGGGUUGGCUGAUCUCACCUCUGGGUGACAACCCCACAUGGACAUUACUAGCGGCAGCUAUUCCUGCCCUUUUGUGCACCAUCCUGAUCUUUAUGGAUCAACAGAUCACUGCCGUCAUCAUUAACCGCAAAGAACACAAACUCAAGAAAGGCUGCGGGUAUCACCUUGACCUUUUGGUGGUGUCAGUGAUGCUUGGUGUGUGUUCUGUGAUGGGACUGCCCUGGUUCGUCGCUGCCACCGUCCUAUCCAUCUCUCACGUCAACAGUUUGAAGGUGGAGUCAGAGUGCUCGGCCCCAGGAGAGCAGCCAAAAUUUCUGGGCAUCCGUGAGCAGAGGGUCACUGGUUUCAUGAUCUUUGUCCUUAUGGGUCUAUCUGUCUUUAUGACGUCUAUUCUAAAGUUUAUACCAAUGCCCGUGUUGUAUGGAGUGUUCCUCUACAUGGGUGUGUCCUCUCUUAAAGGUAUACAAUUCUUUGACCGGAUUAAGCUGUUUGGCAUGCCUGCAAAGCACCAGCCUGACCUGAUCUACCUGAGAUAUGUUCCACUGUGGAAGGUUCACAUAUUCACAAUAGUUCAACUCACCUGCCUGGUGCUGCUAUGGGUCAUCAAAGUGUCUGCUGCCGCUGUGGUCUUCCCUAUGAUGGUUCUUGCUCUGGUAUUUGUUCGGAAGCUUCUAGAUUUCUGUUUCACGAAUAGGGAACUCAGCUGGUUGGAUGACCUAAUGCCAGAAAGCAAGAAGAAAAAGGAGGAUGACAAAAAGAAAAAGGCAAAAGAGGAAGCACAGCGCAUGAUGGAGGCAGAAGAAGGCAUAGACGUCCCUUAUGAUGGUGAUAAUCACUUGGACAUCCCUGUGAAGGCCCUAAAAGUCAGCAUUGACCCCUCUGUGGUUAACAUAUCUGAUGAGAUGGCCAAAACUGCUAUGUGGAAAGCUGUUGCCAUGCACUCUGAUAGUGCCAAAGUAUUGAAACCUAAUGCAAGUGAAGAGAAGACAACUAGCAUUAAGAUCAAUGUGGAAGAUGAGCAGGGAGAGAAAUUUGGGGAUGCAGAGACGUCAUUAUGAGAGAUGUGAAUAGAGCACUCACUGUGGACAGAUAAGGCCCUCCCCAGAGUCCACUAGUCUGUAAAAGUGUUGCUUUUUUCUGUGUGCCCUGCCAACCAAAUCAAGCCAAAGGUAAACAUGCCAAUAGAGGGCUGAGAAAUGAGUUCCAGGUAUAUUUAUCAUUUUACUUUAAUAGCUCACAAAAAAAAAAAAGCCCUUUUUUUGUACCAUUAUUAUGUUUUCAGAAUAGGGUUUAUAAUGAGGAACCCAGUCUCUUAGGUUUCAUAUUUUAUUUUAUUUUAUUUAUUGCAUUAUUUUCAAUGUAGGUUGGAAGACAGAAUGUCUAAAACAAUUAGUGUUACACAUACAAUGCUGUUUUUGAUGGUACCAUGAUUUUCAAAUCGUCAUCUUAUAAGUUAGAUAGUGACACAUUUUUUUUUUCCAUUAUAUUGAAAUGCUAUGUGUUGCAGAGUGCUGCUUUUAAAAGGAAUAUAUGCACAUAUGAGAACAUUUGCAAAGAUGAAGGCUUAAUGGCUGACUUUUCCAAACUGUUUUUGGAUUCUUUGGAUGUCACAAGGACAUAUUAAACCCUAAUGCAAAGUAAAUCCUUUGCAAUAUUAAAAAUGAAAUUAUAUGUACUUUAAUAGCAGAAACUUUAUUCCCACUGAAGGUCUGACAGAUUACUUGAACAAUUAAACAAGAGAUAUACAAAUACUAUAUUAAAACAAAUAUAAAAAGACAUCCUCUGGUGUGAGAAGAAUACAAGUCAUAGAAAGAUAGAAUAGAAAGAGAACAAAAUAAAAUCAGUUAAAACAAUUAUUGCAGGCACUCUGAAAAUAAAUAGCAUCGAAAUAUUUGAGCAAUGUAAAUUAUUUAUGUGUUUACAUGGUUUCAUUUUAGUAGAAUUGUUUUAUUGUUAGCCAUUUUGAUUUUUACAAUGUGUUAAUCAAUUAAUUUAUUAACGGUCAUUUAAUGGUCAAGUUCACCGAGGCGAUAGGGCAGCAGGAUUGCUGCAGUGUUGUUGGCCUGUCUUUUUUCCCCCUUUCUUUCCUGUUACUGGUGUUAAUGUGCACUUUAGGUAGGCUUGCCAUCACAGCUGUAGGCCUACAAACACCUUAUUUAAUGUAUCUACUUUAGAGCAGUCUCAGGAAUCUCCUUUUUUGCACUCUUUCCCCACACUAUUACAACUUUCCUAUGUAUUUUUGUUUUCUCUUCUUUUAUGAGCAAUUUGAAUGCUUGCCUUUUAACUUUACAUUGGACAGAAAAAAUAGCAGUCCCCCUCUAUUGCCUCUUUUUAUGCCAUUGUUUCAAUGCUGAUUUUUUUUUUUUUUUUUUUUAAAGGCAGCAGAUGUUGAAAAUGUUUUUGCAAUAUUUAUAAUAAUCUAACAAAGCAACUGUCAAUUUUUUUUUCUAUCUUUAUUUAUACUUCUGAACUGGUUUAAGAGUGGAGAUGGUCCUCAGCCAGGAGAAGGUCAUUUAAAAUGUGUAGUGUUUACUUAGUUGACUUUGGUUGCAACAUUGUAAGCAGACAAACUGCCCCCAUGCUCUUAAAUUUCAGCAGUAACUUAUGAAAUCCCACUAUUAAAAUGAAAUACCUCUGACUAAUAUGUGUUAAAGCACUCUAACUGACUUGCAAAUCAGUUGGUUUAUUCUCUAUACUCUUGCAGCGAGUUGCUUGUUAUUGUUUGGAGUCUUUGUGAGUAGGGAAUAGUAUUGCGAAGAAAAUCCAGAAAACAGCGUUUCUUGUGAUUAUAGCGCAAAUAUUUUCCAUCAAGCCCCAUAUUAGGGUUCUGAACAAGUAUUGCUGCAAUAGUGUUUUGAGCUCCUGUCUGCACAAUGUAAAUGUCUUGCAUCAAAAUUAACUCUUCAUUGUUUCAGCCCAAUUUAGACAGGCAUUUCUCAAGUGAACUGGCCAAAUCAAGAUUUAAGAAAAUAUGUAGGAGAUACUGUAUGUUUUGAAUUUGUACAAUAUACACAGAGUCGUCUUUUCUAAUGUUGAUUAAAUUGUUUAUUAAAAAUAAAGGUAUUAUUACCUGU